CAGGGGGGAAAAGGACGGCGUAGCGCAUGCGCGACAUUUAUGUUGUUGUUUGUGGCGGUAAGAUGGCGGCGCUCGGAGACACCUCAGCUCCGGGGGUGAACGGGUUAAUACAACAAUUCACAGCAAUAACAGGAGCCACAGAGAGUGUAGGGCAGCAUAUGUUGGAAGCAUGCAACAACAACUUGGAAAUGGCAGUGACGAUGUUUCUGGACGGAGGCGGGAUUGCAGAAGAGCCCAGCACCAGCUCCAGUUCAGCAGCUUCAAGCAGCAGAGCUCCACCUACAGAUGAAGUACGAGCACCUAUUCCCCAGAAGCAGGACAUAUUGGUGGAACCUGAACCAUUGUUUGGAGUGCCAAAGCGAAGAAGACCUGCUCGAUCUAUAUUUGACGGUUUCCGGGACUUCCAGACAGAAACAAUUCGCCAGGAACAGGAGCUGCGUAAUGGUGGCACAGUGGAUAAGAAACUGAGCACCCUGGCAGACCUUUUCCGUCCUCCCAUUGAGCUCAUGCACAAAGGCAGCUUUGAGACGGCAAAGGACUGUGGACAACUGGAGAACAAGUGGCUAAUGAUCAACAUUCAAAAUGUUCAGGACUUUGCCUGCCAAUGUCUGAACAGGGAUGUUUGGAGUAACGAUGCAGUGAAGACCAUCAUCAGAGAACACUUCAUAUUUUGGCAGGUAUACCAUGACAGUGAAGAGGGGCAAAGAUACAUCCAGUUCUAUAAGCUGAACAAGUUUCCUUAUAUUUCUAUCCUCGAUCCCCGCACUGGUCAGAAAAUGGUGGAGUGGAAUCAGCUGGACGUGGCAUCAUUCCUGGAGCAGACAACUGGCUUCCUGGCAGAGCACGGGCAGCUCGAUGGGCCAUCCUGUCACGCACCCCCUGCCAAACGAGCAAGAUCUGAGAGCCUGAUCGAUGCCAGCGAAGACAGUCAGCUGGAGGCAGCGAUCCGAGCCUCCCUACAGGAGACCCACUACGAGUCCUCAAAUACCCCCGACGUCCCCGAUUCCCCUCGAUCAGAUGACGAAUCAGACGCCGAGCCUUUCUCUGACAGCGAGGGGCCCAUUUCUGUUGAUGGCUCAGACAGCGAAGUGCCAGUACCCCACGAAGAAAAAAGUUGUAUCAGCAAACACACCCUGCUCUCUUCAGCCACAGCGGCCCAGCAGCGUCUACAUCCGGAUAGUUCCACUUCUUCCCACAGAAAGUCUCCGUACAAAGAAAACAACCACAGUCACAAGAAGGAGGACAGCAAAAAGAACCACCUGGAGCCCUCAGCUGCUGGUCCUCGUCAUCCUCAGCCGGACGCCGAUUCUGGAGGUAACCACUGUCCCCCAGCGGCCGAAAGCGCUGGACCUUCAAAGACCAGCACCACUAAUACCUGUGACAUAGACUGUCCUGAUGACAAUGGUCCCAAAGCCCGGUUGAUGCUCCGUUACCCAGAUGGUCAGAGGGAGCAAAUUUCCUUGUCUUCUAAAGCAAAACUUUUGGCCCUGGUAAGACACGUCCAGUCCAAAGGCUACCCGAACGAACGCUUCGAACUCGUCACCAACUUUCCCAGAAGGAAGCUCGCCCACUUGGACUAUGACAUCACACUGCAGGAGGCAGGACUUUGUCCACAAGAGACUGUAUUUGUUCAAGAGAGGAACUAGCCUCAUCAGACACACUCACUUUUGCUUGUCCGUAUCUCUCUGAUUGACCUCACCCUUUCACCAAUGAUCUGGGACGAUGUCACAGGCCUUGAUCCCAUACCCUUCUGUUCUCCUGGAGUUAGGCCCAGUUUUUGCCAAGACGACUCUAAAUGGAUGGACUACUUUCCCUGCCGCCCCACUAGUCUGAAUACUGACGUCUUUACUGACAGCCUAAUACCUUUCUCUACAAUUGGCCAGUAAGGCGUUACAGAUGUCGGCACUCUUUAAUUAUUUUAAAUGUGAUUUAUUCUUUUCUGAUGCAGGCUUCAUUUUGUUCUGAACACUGAGGCACAUCAUAAUAGAAUAUAUAUACACAAUAGCUCAUAUUAAAACAUUUUUAAAAAGCCCAAAUAAUGGAUCACUGAUUGACAAUGAGGCACAGGGGACUUGUAUAAAAAGACUUUUACCUCCCAGAAAGGAUGUUAAAUGUCAGAGUUUAUUUUCUUGCUCUUCUUGUUUAUUUUCUGUACCUGGGGACAGGAAAAGGGAGGCUCAUUAUUGUUUAUUUUGACCCAAAUUUGGUCUCUCACACAGUCAUUGUUUGAGGAAUUGUAAUUAUUUGGAACACAGGGGCACUAAGAGAAAAAGGUCCGCUAAUUACAAGUCAAGAAAAUGUGUCGAACAUCUGCGACGCACUUGUGUAGAUCUGAGAGCAUUUGGGUUGAUCUGCACAUUUUUACUCAAGUUUCUAUUGGUUAAUUAGAGACUAGUAGAUUGUUUUUGGAUUUCAACUUUUGAUACAGAAGGGAAUGAAUGAAGGGUGGCACAUCUCAUCAGUCGGACCUACACUGUACAGAGAUCGCUUAGAGAGACUGAUAUUUAGCUGUAGUCAUUGUUUCCUUUCUUUUUUAUAUGCUGCCAAGAAAAUAUGCUGAUGUUGAAAUAUAACCACCAAAACCAAGGGAGAUUCUGCUUGGUCUUUUGUCACAUUUUAAAUGAGCCUCACGGGUACAAGGUGAUGAGACAAAUGUUAGUUACAAUCCAAACCGGUAUCAGAACAAAUAGAGAAGAAAAGCGGAAACUGCUGAGAAUCGACUGUAACAAGCUAAAUAUUUGUUUCAGUAUGCACCCAGCUUGCCCCGUGUCUCUACUCAGUCUUUAAUCAGAUUAGGUUAGUAAGGCACAUUUAGCAACUUCUUUCAAUAGUUUCAUGUUGCUUUCUAGCCUGAUUUGUUGGCAUUUAGGUCUAAACCAGAGACUGACCAUGUUAAGUAAUGAAAAAGAUGACUGCAGUUACAUAAAGAUGAGAGAACCACCUCUGUUUAAAUGCCUCAAAAAGUGACCUGAAGUUCAUGGUCAAAGUCAGAAAUUUUAAAUGAAGCUUAAAAUAUGAACAGUUGGUGGCAGUAAUGUGCCUUAAAUGGCAACAAUUCUUCAAUAAAUUGGGUGAAGAGGGACAAGAACACUAUCCAGUGAAACUAAUGAAGAGGUAAAAAUAUUUAAAUGAGCUUUACAAAUGUUUUAUAGAGUACAAACUUAACACCAUGCGUUUGUUCAGCCUUAAGGAAGUUUUUGGGUGAUGAAACAAAAAUGUUUAACAAGAAAACUUCCAAGUUGUUGCAGUUGGUCCUGGAGAGUAGCUGUUUCUCUUUUCUAUUCCACCUCUCUUUGUUUAAUGGUUGUUGUUUUUACCAAGCACUCGAGCCCUGGAAAGGAUGAAAGGAAGUGAUGUGUGCUGCCAUGUCAGCUAACUGAUAUCAGCAAUGAAGUAAAAUGUCAGCUUGAAUCGCAGGCCAUUCAGAUAAAUAUUUGAUUACAGAGGCUCACAAGCCAUUUAAAGGAUUAGUUCAAAUGUUGCAAUUUUGAUUUGAUGAAUAUAAGAAGAGAUUUAACCAUCACCAGUCUCUUCCUGUCGAGCAAAACAAUUUCAAGCAUUCUUUUACACGUCAUUAAAGAUAAUAUCAAUGAUCGAAA